UCACUCAAGAGCUACACUGUCAUGGCGGUGACGAGCUGAAGCUACCGGGGUAAAUCAGGAAGAGAAUGCGGCGCAGCUGGGUUAACGUUGACAUUUAAGCAAGUCUGAGGAGUUUAACCGGGAAGGAUCGAGCUGUGUUUUGUCGACUUCCACCAGAGCUGCUGACAGACUCACCCCCCUUUUCCAGUUUGGGAGUGUUUAGCCUCUGCCAAACGCGCUACCUGUCAAGUGUCUGGACUCAGUUUCAAUAGCAACUUCCACUGCUGCACGGAGGUAUUAAAGUGACCGUAUCCUUGUUUGACCGACUACAAGGGGGGAAAACAGGUUAAGGACGAGCCCUGCUUCACCUGCCCCCCUCUUGUUACCUGCAGACUUCCUUGCGGCUUUUGACAACAUUAAUCUAUCCUUGUGGGAUCAAGUUACGGACCAGGGAAGAAGAGGAGUAGUGUGGAGUGAAGCGGUGACAUAUCCCGCAGUGUCAACAGCUAACAACGGCUUUUUUGUGCCUACUUUCGCUGCAACUAUUUUGGAUGGGGAGGUUUGCUUUGUGUGCCUUUAGACUGUCAACAACUCAGCUGAAGGGGAGUUGAGUCCUCUUUCUCUUUCUCCUUCUCUGCUCUGUCACCGUUUGGAGGUGAACAGGUGCCUUACCUGUGAACACCACCUGCCCCGUCCUUCCUUAGCAAUGGCUAGCGAGGAGACAGCGGGCUCUGCGGAUGCUCAGGACGGGACUACAGGAGCCAUGGCGCUCAACCCCGGAGUGCCUAUCCGGGGAAUAAAGAUGAAAUUCGGCGUGCUCGCUGGCCUGGUGGAAGUUGGGGAAGUUUCCAACCGGGAUAUCGUGGAGACGGUGUUCAACCUGCUGGUGGGAGGCCAGUUUGACCUUGAGAUGAACUUCAUCAUCCAAGAACCCGAGAGCAUCGUGUGCAUGGUGGAGCUUUUGGACAAGUGUGAGCCCACCUGUCAGGCAGAGAUCUGGAGCAUCUUCACCGCCAUCCUCAAGAAGAGCGUGCGCAACCUGCAGGCGUGCACUGAAGUGGGGCUCAUCCAGCUGGUGCUGCAUCGCAUAUCCACCACUGACAGCAUGAUCGCAGACCUACUGGUGGACAUGUUGGGCGUGCUCGCCAGCUACAGCAUCACAGUGAAAGAGCUGAAGCUUUUCUUCAGCAAACUGCAAGGGGAGAAGGGCCAGUGGCCUCGCCACGCAGUGAAGCUUUUGUCAGUUCUGAAGUACAUGGCUCACAGGAACGGCCCUGACUCAUUCUUCAGUUUCCCGGGGAAGAACGCAGCUGCUAUAGCUCUGCCUCCUAUAGCAAAAUGGCCGUACCAGAAUGGCUUUACAUUCCACACGUGGCUCCGCAUGGAUCCUCUCAACAACAUCAAUGUAGACAAGGACAAGCCUUACCUGUACUGUUUCCGCACCAAUAAAGGCAUGGGUUACUCUGCACACUUUGUGGGUGGCUGUUUGAUAGUGACCUCAUUAAAAUCCAAGGGGAAAGGGUUCCAGCACUGUGUAAAGUACGACUUCAAACCACAGAAGUGGUACAUGGUGACCCUCGUUCAUGUGUACAACCGCUGGAAAAACAGUGAAAUUAGCUGCUUUGUGAACGGGGAACUGGCUUCCUUUGGAGACAUCGCCUGGUUUGUCAACACCAGUGACACAUUUGACAAGUGUUUCCUGGGAUCGUCAGAGACGGCAGAUGUCAACCGUGUGUUCUGCGGACAGAUGGGAGCAGUGUACCUGUUUGGAGAGGCUCUCAGCGCUGCUCAGAUCCUGGCCAUCUAUCAGCUGGGGCCGGGGUACCAGGGCACAUUCAAGUACAAGGCUGAGAGUGACUUGCUGUUUGCGGAGCAUCAUAAGACCUUACUGUAUGAUGGCAAGUUGUCCUCCAGCAUCGCCUUCGCUUACAACCCUCGCGCCACCGAUGCCCAGCUCUGCCUUGAGUCCUCCCCCAAGGACAACACAUCCAUAUUUGUUCACUCACCCCACGCGCUCAUGCUGCAGGACGUGAAGGCCGUGGUGACUCACUCAGUCCAGAGCGGCAUUCACUCCAUCGGAGGCGUGCAGGUCCUCUUCCCUCUGUUUGCACAGCUGGAUUACUGCCAGCCCUCCAGCCAUGAGCUGGACACCUCUGUCUGCUGCACUUUGUUAUCCUUUGUGAUGGAGCUCUUGAAGAACUCAGUGGCUAUGCAAGAGCAAGUCCUUGCCUGCAAAGGCUUUCUCGUCAUCGGCUACACUUUGGAGAAGUCUUCCAAGGUGCAUGUGACGCGGCCCGUCCUGGACAUUGCGCUGGCCUUUUCCAGGUACCUUAGCAACUUGCAGAAUGGCAUCCUGCUGCUCAAGCAGCUGUGUGACCACAUUCUGUUCAACCCCGCCAUCUGGAUCCAUGCCCCUGCCAAGGUGCAACUGACACUCUACACUUACCUGGCAACGGAGUUCAUCAGCACAGUGACCAUCUACAACACCAUCCGCAGGGUGGGCACGGUACUGCAGGUCAUGCACACACUGAAAUACUACUACUGGAUCAUCAACCCCCAGGACCGCAGUGGAGUCGUGCCCAAAGGCAUGGAUGGUCCGAGACCAAACCAGAAGGAGAUCCUCUCUUUGCGAGCCUUUCUGCUGUUGUUUGUCAAGCAGCUCAUAAUGAAGGAUCAUGGAGUGAAGGAAGACGAGCUGCAGAGUAUCCUCAACUACCUCCUGACCAUGCAUGAGGAUGACAAUCUCAUGGACGUGCUGCAGUUGCUGGUGGCUGUGAUGUCUGAGCAGCCGGGGUCCAUGGUCCAGGCCUUCGACCAGCGCAACGGGAUUCGUGUGAUUUACAAGCUUCUGGCCUCAAAGAGUGAAGGAAUUAGAGUACAGACCCUGAAAGUAAUGGGAUACUUUCUGAAACACUUGCCACCAAAGAGGAAACCCGAGGUCAUGAUGAGUCAUGGCCUUUUCUCCCUGCUCACUGAACGCCUGAUGCUCCACUCCGGCAAGUUCACCAUGACAACCUACAACGUGCUGUUUGAGAUUCUUACUGAGCAGAUCUGCACUCAAGUGAUCCAUAAACAGCAUCCGGACCCCGACUCCACUGUGAAGAUUCUCAACCCACAAAUUCUGAAGGUAAUAGCUGCUCUGCUGAAGGCCUCACCCCCGUCCCCCGAGAGCAUGGAGGUGCGCAAGGUCUUCCUGUCGGACAUGAUCAAACUGUUCAAUAACAGCCGAGAAAACCGAAGGAGCCUGCUGCAGUGCUCCGUGUGGCAGGAGUGGAUGCUCUCUCUGUGCUACAUCCACCCUCAGAACAGCGAGGAGCAGAAAAUCACAGAGAUGGUGUACGCCAUCUUCCGUAUCCUCCUCUACCACGCCAUCAAAUACGAGUGGGGUGGCUGGCGGGUCUGGGUGGACACCCUGUCCAUCACACACUCCAAGGUGACCUUCGAGCAGCACAAAGAGAAUCUGUCCCAUAUGUUCCGUCAGUACCAGCAUCAGGGGUCCACAGGCUCUAUGAGCUCCAUCAGAACCAUCUCUGGUGUCAGCCAAAGAUCGGACACCAUGGAGUGUGUUAACGGGACCCCUGCAGAGGAGACGGCCCCUUCCACAGUCAUUGAGCUCACAGUGGACGAGCUGUCCCACAAGUCCCCGGACACGGCAUCUGGCUCCACCAUUACCUCCAGCCCACCAGAGGCUGCUGAGGGAAGUGGACACGCAUCCAUCACCGUGUCCAACAUCCUGGCCAGGGAUGAUGACGACGAAGAAGAAGAAGAAGAAGAAGAAGAAGAAGAAGAGCAGCAGCAGCAGCAGCAGGUUGUUGAGGAGUCUUCCAAGGAUGGCUCAGGUGAUGAGGGAAAAGAGACUGUGACACAAACGGACGAUAACGAGGAACAGAGUGAAGAGACCAAUAAAGAAGAACAGGAGACUUCCACUGACAAGAGCUCCGAUGAUCUGCAAACAUCCGUUAGCGAAGCAGAUGACACAAACGCAACAGAAGGGGUUAGAGACUCUGCUACACCAUCUGCAAGUGAUGAUGCACAAACAUCUGCAACAGAUGAUGACAAGUCUGAACCUAUCAAAGGGGAAUCAUCAACCUCCACCCCAGAAGACUCUUUGAAUGAAGCAGAUACAGAGGUGCCCGAGGUUUCAGAACAAGACGAUAAUAAGGACCAAACGUACCCCGAGUCAGCGGUCUGUCUGGAGAACAGUGUGCAGGGAGGAGGAGACUCCGUCUUCAACGAGGACCUGGCUGACAUGUCCUCUGUCAGCGACCAGAUCCCCCCAAGUGAUGCUGAUGAUAGCCAAGAAGAGUCCUCUUAUGCCUCUGCAGUUGCCGGAGAGGAAGAGGAGGUAAGACAAAAGGAGGAAGCUAAAGAUGACGAUGAUGAAGGCAAGGAUGAUCAUCAGGAAGGUCAUGAGAUAAAGACAGACGAAGACAGUGAUGAGAAGCAGGAGGUUGAAUCACAAGGAGAAGUGGAAGAAGAGAGUGAAGCUGAAGAGAAACAGGUGUCUGGAUUGGAGAGUGAGACUUCUCUGACUGAAACACCUGAACAGAGUGAGACAGAAGCACCCGAAGAUGACCAGUCUUCCUCCAUAACUGAACCCGCUACACCAGACCAGCAGCCUUCUGAUGCCACACCAACCUCUACAGCCCAGGAGGUCGCAGCAGCCUCAGACCCCCCCUCACCUAGCCAGCCUUUAGAGACCACCAGCACCACUGAAGAAGAAACCCUGCCCGCUCCCACAGAUAGCAGCGCUGCCGCCUCCACCUCUGACGCACAGAAGACUGCAGACCCUGUCAGCAAGACCAAAGAGAUCAAAAUCGCCCGACUGGACGUGUCCAAUGUGGCCUUCGACACGGAGAGACUUGAAUUAAAGGAGACCUCAACUACAGAAACAAGCCAGGGCCAGCCUCCAGCAGCAGCAGCAGCAGCAGCAGCAGCAGCAGCGGCAGCAGCGGGGGGGUCUGCAGGUCAGCAGAGAGAGGGCAGCAAUCCGGCCCCUCGCUCCACCAUGUUUCGUAUCCCAGAGUUCCGCUGGUCCCACAUGCACCAACGCCUCCUGGCUGACCUGCUCUUCUCUAUUGAGACAGAUGUGCAGAUGUGGAGGAGCCACUCCACAAAGACUAUUCUGGACUUUGUGAACAGCAGCGAGAACGUGGUGUUUGUCCACAACAGUAUUCACAUCAUCUCCCAGGUGGUGGACAACCUCAUCAUGGCCUGUGGAGGCAUUCUACCUCUGCUCUCUGCUGCCACCUCCUCCUCUCAUGAACUGGAGAAUAUCGAACCCUCCCACGGUCUGACGGUGGAGGCUUCAGUCACCUUCCUCCACCGCCUCAUCAACCUCGUGGAUGUUCUCAUCUUUGCCAGCUCCCUUACCUUCACAGAGAUAGAAGCUGAGAAGAACAUGUCGUCGGGAGGCAUCCUGCGACAGUGCCUUCGCCUCGUUUGUGCGAUGGCUGUUAGAAACUGUCUGGAGUGUCAGCAAGCCCAAUGCAGUCACGGUGCAGAAGCCUCCGCACGCAGCUACACAGCCAUGCCCAACAUGGGAGCAGCCAUGUCUGCAGCUGCACAGAGUCCUGUUGAUGCAGUGACAGGUGGGAUGUCUCCAGUCAGAGACCUGGACCGGCUUCUGCAGGACAUGGACAUAAACCGCCUCAGGGCUGUCGUCUUCAGAGAUAUCGAGGACAGUAAGCAGGCUCAGUUUUUGGCGCUUGCUGUUGUCUACUUCAUCUCAGUCCUGAUGGUGUCCAAGUACCGCGACAUCCUGGAGCCCCAGAAUGACAAGAAACGCCCUCAGAGGUCCCAGUCUUCCAGGAGCACAGAUAGCGGUGCCAUUUCUGGUGGACUCGAAGUGGAGAACGGUGUCUCUCUCCGACGUUAUGAUUCUGGCAUCGGGGAUGACCACACUUCGGUGGCCGCGAGCGAGGCGGACCUUUCCUCCUCCGGCGUGACUCACGGCCCAGACGCCAUCUCAGAGGCCCUGUCUACGCUGUCCUCUGAGGUCAGACCUUCUCUGCCCACUGAUUCAAAGGGCAAGAAUGUGAAGGACAUUCUGCGCAGCCUGGUGAGCGCUCCAGCUGAUGACAUGAUGGUGGACCCAAGUCUGCUGCCACCGACGUUCCUAGGAAGUGUGGGCGAUGCGGCCAGAGACUCAUCUCGACAGUUCCGCUCAUUUGAUAGGAGUGUUGUCGUUGCACCUAAGAAAACUGGCAUGGCACCGUCUGCAGGCGCUUCCACCAGCGUCCCAUCAGCCACUGCUGCGUCUGUGUCUGCCGGGACACCCAUCGACAGCGUCGCCAUGGUAUCUUCUGGAGACGCCUCCCAGAGCACCUCUGCAGCUACAGGCGGCCAGGUUCCAGCCAGCGCUAGCCUGCCAUCUGUCCCCCCACUCUCCCCUGUGACCCAGAACACAGCCCCCAAUAUGAGUAUCUCAGAGCGUCUGGAGAAUGCCCUGGAGAAGGCAGCUCCUCUGCUGAGAGAGAUCUUCGUGGACUUUGCUCCCUUCCUCUCUCGAACUCUGCUGGGUAGCCACGGGCAAGAGCUCCUCAUUGAGGGCACAAGCCUGAUGUGUAUGAAGUCCAGCAGCUCGGUGGUGGAGCUCGUCAUGCUCUUGUGUUCACAGGAAUGGCAGAACUCCAUCCAGAAGAAUGCAGGUCUCGCCUUCAUCGAGUUGGUCAACGAAGGCAGGCUGCUGAGUCACACCAUGAAGGACCACCUGGUUCGUGUGGCUAAUGAAGCUGAAUUCAUCCUCAGCCGACAGAGGGCUGAAGACAUUCACAAACAUGCAGAGUUUGAGUCGAACUGUGCGCAGUACGCAGCGGAGAAGCGAGAUGAGGAGAAAAUGUGCGACCACCUGAUCCGAGCAGCCAAGUACCGCGACCAUGUGACCGCCACGCAGCUCGUCCAGAAGAUAGUCAACAUCCUGACCGACAAACACGGAGCCUGGGGAAGCUCGGCCAAAAGCCGGCCGAGGGAGUUCUGGCGCCUGGACUACUGGGAGGACGAUUUAAGGCGGCGACGUCGCUUCAUCAAGAACCCCUCCGGAUCCACUCACUCAGAGGCUACGCUCAAAGCAGCGGGCGAACACGUGGCUGAUAUCAGUGCAUCCGAGGAAGAUAUUCUCAAAGGAAAGCAGUCCAUCAGAAGUCAGGCUCUGGGAAAUCAAAACUCUGAGAGUGAGACGUCACUCGACGGAGACGAUGACACUCUGUCAUCUCCAGAGGAGAAGGACCUGGAGAACUUUACAGGCCCGGUAAACCUGAGCACCAGUGCCCAGCUGGUGGCUCCGGCUGUGGUGGUGAAAGGCACCCUGUCCAUCACCCCCUCCGAGCUCUACUUCGAGGUGGACGAAGACGAUCCGAGCUUCAAGGCCAUCGAUCCAAAGAUUUUAUCCUAUACAGAAGGUCUUCAUGGAAAAUGGCUGUUCACAGAGAUCAGAGCCGUCUUUUCCAGACGCUACCUACUGCAGAAUACUUCUCUGGAAAUCUUCAUGGCCAACAGAACGGCAGUCAUGUUCAACUUCCCAGAUGCGGCCACAGUCAAGAAGGUGGUCCACAGUCUUCCACGUGUUGGGGUGGGCACGAACUUUGGCCUUCCACAGACCAGACGUAUCUCUCUGGCCACACCAAAGCAACUUUUCAAGGCAUCCAGCAUGACCCAGCGCUGGCAACGCCGCGAGAUAUCCAACUUUGAUUACCUUAUUUUCCUCAACACCAUCUCUGGUCGGACCUUUAAUGACCUGAAUCAGUACCCAGUCUUCCCCUGGGUGAUCACCAACUACGACUCAGAGGAACUUGACCUCACUCUGCCCAGCAACUUCAGAGAUCUGUCCAAGCCCAUUGGUGCUCUGAACCCCAAGAGAGCAGCCUUCUUCUCAGACCGAUACGAGUCCUGGGAGGAUGAUCAGGUGCCGAAGUUCCACUAUGGCACCCACUAUUCCACCUCCAGCUUCACCAUGAUGUGGCUACUGCGUAUCGAACCCUUUACCACAUUCUUCCUAAACUUCCAAGGAGGAAAGUUUGACCAUGCUGACCGCACCUUCUCCUCAGUCGCCCGGGCAUGGAGGAACUGCCAGAGAGACACCUCUGAUGUUAAGGAGCUGAUCCCAGAGUUUUACUACCUCCCCGAGAUGUUUGUCAACGCCAACAGUUACAACCUGGGAGUGAUGGAGGAAGGCGCCAUGGUCUCUGAUGUGGAGCUGCCACCUUGGGCCAAGAGCCCGGAGGAGUUUGUGCGCAACAAUCGCCUGGCUCUGGAGAGCGAGUUUGUGUCCUGCCAGCUCCACCAGUGGAUCGAUCUGAUCUUUGGCUACAAGCAGCAAGGACCUGAAGCCACCAGAGCUCUCAAUGUCUUCUAUUAUCUGACCUACGAAGGGGCCGUCAACCUCAGCUCCAUCACCGACCCCAUGCUCCGAGAGGCUGUGGAGUCUCAAAUAAGGAGUUUUGGACAGACCCCCUGCCAGUUGCUCAUCGAGCCACACCCACCCCGAAGCUCAGCCAUGCAGGUGACCCCACUGAUGUUUACGGAGCAGAUGCAGCAGGAUGUUAUCAUGGUGCUGAAGUUCCCAUCCAACUCUCCUGUGACCCACAUAGCAGCCAACACCCAGCCGGGCCUGACGUCACCGGCCAUCAUCACCGUCACUGCAAACCGCAUCUUCGCUGUCAACAAGUGGUAUGGACUGACAGGUCAUCAGAGCUCAACGGUGCAGGACCAGCAGUACCAACUUCCUGUGGAAAUUGACCCUCUGAUAGCCAGUAACGUGGGCAGUCAUCGUCGUCAGAUCUCAGACCUGCUGGAUCAAAGCAUUCAGAUCAGCUCGCAGUGUUUCAUCAUCACAGCCGACAACCGCUUCAUCCUCCUGUGCGGCUUUUGGGACAAGAGCUUCCGGGUUUACUCCACUGACUCAGGCAAACUGACGCAGAUCGUGUUCGGACAUCGUGACGUGGUGACGUGUCUGGCUCGCUCCGAGUCGUACAUCGGAGGAGACUGCUACAUCCUGUCAGGCUCCAGAGACGCCACCCUGCUGCUGUGGUACUGGAACGGGAAGCACAACAGCAUUGGAGAGAGCCCGGGCACAGAGUUUACCACACCGAGGGCCAUCUUGACGGGCCAUGACUGUGAAGUGACGUGUGCGAGUGUGUGUGCAGAGCUGGGUCUCGUCAUCAGCGGCUGCAAAGAGGGUCCUUGUCUGAUCCAUUCCAUGAAUGGGGACCUGCUGCGGACCCUGGAGGGCCCCGAGCGCUGCCUGAGGCCUCGUCUCAUCCAGUCCUCCACCGAGGGACACUGCAUGAUCUACUACGAGAAGGGGCAGUUUUGUAACUUCAGUGUCAACGGCAAACUGCUCAGACACAUGGAGGUGGAAGACAGCAUCAAGGCCAUGUACCUCAGUCGGGACGGCCAGUACCUGCUGACGGGCGGAGACGGAGGCGUGGUCUCCGUCUGGCAGGUCCACAACUUCAAACAGCUGUUCACGUACCCAGGCUGCGACGCAGGAAUCCGCUCUAUGACCAUGUCCCAUGACCAAAGGUGCAUCAUCACCGGCAUGUCCUCUGGAAGCAUCGUGCUCUUCUACAACGACUUCAACAGAUGGCACCACGAGUACCAGACCCGCUACUGAGAGUGAACUUCUCAAAGGCGCUACUCUGUCUGUACCCUGAAUGUAUCUUAAUGAAAGAAGAAAAUAAAAACUGUCCUGUUAAAGUAAAAAAAUCAAAACUAUUUUUAAAAAGGGCAUUGCUAUAUUUUGUAGAUCAGAUAGAAACUUUCGUAUAAUUCACAGGGUGGGGGUUAUGUUACUGUACGGUUAAAACAAAUCUAUUUUUAGCUGUAAGAGUCUAUUUUCAUCUCCUCCGGAAAACUAAGGCGGGAUUUGUUGGGAGCUAGUGAGAACCUUUUCUCUUUACUUAAAAAAAUCCAAAUAUUUGUGUACUUUAGGGUGAGUGAUUAUCUUUCUUUCUGUAGGUGUGUAUGUGGGGAAUAAUUAUGAAGCUGUCAUUCACGUUUUAACUUCUUUUUUGGCAAAACUGCCGUUAGAUAUGAAGUGUUUGAAUAAAUAAUAAAUGUAUUGGAUAGAAGGAUAAACAAAGAGGGAAUAUACAUACAUAUAUAUAAAUAUCUAUAUAUUCUGUUUAAAUGUAUGUCCUCCAUAUUUAAAAUGUCCAUUUCCUCUGUACCUCUGUGCUUGCUAAGAGAUUGUGCAUGGCUCACUACACACUUAAAACAUAUCAGAUGAAUCACUUAAUUUAAUACUGUCUAAACUUCCCAUCCAGUGAUGUCAGAAGGAUGUCAGGAAACCAUGUCCAGGAUUUGAUUUUUCUUUCUACAAUGACUGAAUAAGCAAAAAGUGAAUCUUUUUUUCUCAAAUGGGAAUCUUGAUCAUUGUUUGUGAAAGCCUGAGUAACGAGAGAUCACUAAAAUCAUCUCAUAUCAUCUUUAAAAGUCUUCUUUGAGUCAUGUCUCCAAAGCAGCUGACAGCAGAGUGAGACGUUCAAUGACAGGAAGGACUUUUCUCUAUUUCAUCACAGGAUGAGUGAUUAUGUUAAGAUGUGAUUCAGCACUAAAAUGGCAUAUUCCUUUGGUCUUCACUAAAUGAAACGUCCACUUGUAUCCUUUAGAUUUCGGGGGAACAUUCCUUUAAAGUUUGCGCUUUGAUGUGGUUUGAAACUACAGUUAAAUGAGAACUACUGUUAUCUAUCAACCAACAUUAUUUUUGCAAUAAUUUGAGUGUUUUGUGUGCCGAGUUCUGACAAUAAAAUGGAAUUUUAUAACUUGAA